CACUGGAAGCCAGGAAUCACAACCUGCACCCAUCACCGCUAUACGGAAGCCCAUAAUGCUUCUAUUUACACUCUGAUACAGACAUAGCUACAUGCACCAUGGAGCAGACACACGCUAUUCUAUACUAGCCUGCACGCUGAUACCUACACACAUACAUAUAUCUAUAUAUGUUUAUAUAUAUUUCUACAAUUUCACACUUGCACAAUGUGAAAAACAAGGCAGACAUCAGCACCGGCUCUGAUAGCCCAGCAAUGAUGCCUGCAUAGAUAUGGCACCCACACACAAUUGGAUAUUGCAGCUAUAAAGACAAACACAUGUCCAUGCAGGCACCUAGUCACACAUCUAUACAUACACACACAUGCAAAUAUACACAGGCAUCUAAAUACCCACCCCUGGGUGCAUGCAAAUACACCUGCCUCUACACACAGCACCGACUGCCACCCCACAGACUGGCGUAGAUGGGUGCUAGCACAACGCUUCCCUGUCUCAUUAUAAAUAGAAGCAUGCACUGGAUCUCCUACUCUGCAUCUCUGCCUGGCGUUGUCUGAAGUGGAGAGAAGAUGCGAGGGUGAUCAUCAUGGCUGCCAUAUCCCAGCUCCUGGACACUGAUAUGGAUUAUGAGCGUCCCAAUGUUGAGACAAUCAAAUGCGUUGUGGUUGGAGACAACGCGGUGGGGAAAACACGUCUGAUCUGCGCACGUGCCUGCAAUGCCACCCUAACUCAGUACCAGCUCCUUGCCACCCACGUGCCAACUGUCUGGGCUAUAGAUCAAUACAGAGUAUGCCAAGAGGUGCUUGAACGCUCUCGGGAUGUCGUUGAUGAUGUCAGCGUAUCAUUGCGGCUUUGGGAUACAUUUGGCGACCAUCACAAAGACAGAAGAUUCGCCUAUGGGAGGUCUGACGUAGUGGUCCUCUGCUUCUCUAUUGCUAACCCCAACUCCCUCCAACAUGUCCAGACCAUGUGGUAUCCAGAGAUUAAGCAUUUCUGCCCCCGCGCUCCUGUUAUCCUUGUGGGAUGCCAGCUGGACCUACGUUAUGCUGAUCUGGAAGCCGUCAACCGAGCUCGUCGUCCCCUGGCCAGGCCAAUUCGCCCCCAGGAGAUUCUACCACCAGAAAAGGGCCGUGAAGUAGCCAAGGAGCUGGGAAUUCCUUAUUACGAGACGAGUGUAGUAGCACAGUGUGGCAUCAAGGAAGUCUUUGAUAACGCCAUCAGGUCAGCCCUUAUUUCUCGGCGUCACCUUCAGUUUUGGAAAUCGCACCUGCGCAGUGUACGCAGGCCCCUGCCUCAGGCUCCAUUCCUGCCUCCACGGCCUCCUCCUCCAGUUAUCAUAGUGCCUGACCCACCAACAAAGAGUGAAGACCACCCGGCACGGUUGUUGGAGGAGGCUUCCUGUGCUGAUGUGGUGCUGGUGGUUCAGGAGAGAAUUCGUAUCUAUGCUCACCGCAUCUACCUCUCAACAGCCUCCUCUAAGUUUUGUGACUUGUUCCUUAUGGAGGAUGGGGACUCACCUACCCAAACCAGGGAUCCUCUGCUGAGGGCCUCCAGUUUUGAUGCCUGCGAGGUUUCAGGGGAAUCAGAAGGAGCGGGUAUGAGAGCAUCCGCAAGUGAUGGGACUCUCGGGAGGGAGUGCGGCAGAGACUUGUCCAGCUGGAGCAGGGCUUUUGAGAGCAUCCACAGUGGAGUUCUUGAAGAGCCUCCGGGAUACAGGGCACGCCGUGUAGCAGUGGUAAAAAUGGACAGUUCAGUGAGGCCUGGGCCUUUCAGGGCAGUGCUGAAAUUUCUGUACACUGGACGGUUGGAUGAGAGGGAACCUGAUCUCAUGGAAGUAGCACACAUUGCAGAGUUGUUAGAGGUGUUCGACCUACGUAUGAUGGUGGCAAAUAUCUUAAACAGAGAGGCCUUCAUGAACCAGGAGAUCACAAGGGCCUUCCAUGUCAGAAGGAGCAAUCGUGUCAAGGAGUGUCUUGCUAAAGGAACCUUCUCUGAUGUCACCUUUAUGCUGGAUGAUGGGAGUAUAAAAGCCCACAAGCCUCUGCUCAUCUCUGGCUGUGACUGGAUGGCAGCCAUGUUUGGGGGUCCUUUUCUGGAGAGCAGUACCACUGAGGUGGUGAUUCCAUAUACCUCUCGGGGCAGUAUGCGAGCUGUGUUGGAGUAUCUGUAUACUGGGCAGUUUAGUACCGGGUCAGACCUUGACCCGCUGGACCUCAUCAUACUUGCAAACAGGCUUUGCUUACCCCAUCUUGUAGCACUAACAGAACAACACACAGUGUCAGUCAUGUUGGAUGCAUCCCUGAAUAACAAGGACAUCGAUGGAGAAGCUCUUAUGUUACUGGAGGCUGCUCAGUUCCAUGGAGCCGAUCAGCUGGCAGCUUGGUGCAUGCAUCACAUCUCUACCAACUAUAACCGUGUCUGUAGGAAAUUCCCACGUGACAUCAAAGCUGUGUCUGCAGAAAACCAGCAGGCACUUGAGACCCAGCGCUGGCCCCCUGUUUGGUACCUAAAGGAGGAAGACCACUUUCAGAGAGCACAGAGGGAGCGUGAGAAAGAGACAGCCCUGCACCAGAAGAGACAGCCUAAGAGGCGCUGGUUGUUCUGGAACAACUCCCGUGCCGGCUCCUCUGCUACUCCGACUCCCUCCUCAUCUGCUGUCGGCUGAGUCCUGCUCUUAACCCUCAGUAUGUCUUCUCCCCCCUGAAAGUGGUGUGUGUGUGUGCGUAGAACGGGGGCCAGGGUAGGCCUUGGUAUGUGGGCUCAAAUGGCACUUUAUAGGAUGUUGCCCUCAUUCCAUUUUGUACAGAUUCUGUUAAAUAAUAAUUCAUAUUUUAUACUUGAGAGAGGUGUAAAUAGUGAUAUUUCCCUUCACAAAGACAAGAGCAGCACCAUGUGGGGCUUCCACCAAAAAUAGUCUGGGAACCAUUGGAGGCACCAUUAGAUUGUUGCCUCUGCUGAGUCUGGCAAGAUGGCAGCCCCAUCUCAAAUGCACCAAUACAAAUAUGCACAAGCAAUAAUCUGUGCAAAUACUAUGCUGCGCUGCCUUGCUCCAGUCUUGUGAAGGGAAAGUCACUGGAAAAAGAAUUCUUACUUUAAUUGGCCACGUACGCAGAAUUAGGUCAAUAAGCAACAGAACCGUAAGGCUCCCUUUGCAUGUGUGGCACAAACCCAAGCACUGAAGCUUAUUUGCUGCCUAUGCAGAGUAAGCAGCUGGUUUAGAAGUGAUCUCCUUUGUCAUAUCCGUCUGAUCUGGCCCUAAAUGUGUGUGUGGUUAAAUUGUAUCCCUACUGGAACAUAUGGCCAACCCAAACCCACAGGGGAGUAUCUAGAUUCCUGUCUAGGUGUGCUUUUCUGCCUAUAACAGCUGCUAUGGCUUUGGGUCUUGCCCUCAGCUGCCAGUUUUUACUGCACAGGGGCAGGCAAGGGGGCCAAACAUACUGCAGGGAAGGAGCUGGUAAGGCCAGAACUAGAUGUAGUCAGGCAGGCCGGGUCUCUACCAAAAGGGACAGAAGCAGGGAACAGCAGUAGCAGAAUCAGGACACCUACGAACAAUGGCAGUGAGUGAGUGAGGGCAGAGAAGGGGGCAGACUGAUGGAUAACUCUGAGCACCUUAUUGCCAGAUUAGCAGCAGCUAAAGCAAGCUAUGCCUACUUGGAAAUACAAGGAUUUCAAAGAAAGUGAACCAGGACCUAGUUGUCUGCUUAUAUAGAUGUAUAACAGACUGCAUAUAACCUGUAGGUCAUUGGUUGGAAUCCAGGCAGGAGGCAGGAUGGUACUCUUACUUGGCCAGUGCUAAACUCAGGCAGCUCAGAAAUAGCUGCUGCUGCAAAUCUCUGUAGUACCAGAGGGAAGCACACAAAGCGCGGCUGGUCCUAUCAGUCAUUUCUAUAUCUACGUACAUACACCAAUGUGACCUUUCUUGGGAUACCAACCAACUGAUAUAUAGACAAUCAACUUUUUGAACUGAUCUGUUUCUGGCACUUUCUUCCUCUUCUCUCCCACAAAAUCUAACAGAAUAACCACCAAGAAGCAUGGCGUUGGUGCAUGUAUAGCCAGCUAUAGGGUGACGGCCGGGUCAGUUGGGGCAACUGUUGCUGUAAAGGCGCUGUAAUGUUAGCUCCACCAACUAUACAGAUAGUAGAAUCCUCCUCAGAUAUAUGUAAACUCUGGCAAUAACAUGCACACUGGUUUGGGUGCAACACAGAACAUUCUAAAGAAUGUGGUUUCCAUUAUGGUCUCCUCUAUGUGGUUUAUAAUCAGCAUUUAUACAUCGCUUUUCUAGCUCCUGGUCCUCUGAAACAGGAAAACUUGUGCAUGAGAGCUACUUUGGCAGAGGCGGCCAUAUGGCAACACUUGGCGGGUAGCAAACGAUUAAGGAAUGGUUGGCUGUGGUUGUGGGAAGCGUUAUUGGGCCACUGGGUAAGGGGGAACAAACACAGCCCACCCCUGGCACAGUCAGGAAAAGCUUCCCAUUGCCAGAAGACCAGAUCUGUACCUUUACUGGUCACUUUGGUUGGAAUUACAGCAAAAGUCUAGGCAACUGUGCCCUGUACACUGGACACUAUAAUACACUGUACAUACGUGCGCACUGGCUGACUGUCUGUGCCUAAUAUAUAUUCCCUAUGGAAUCCGUGCUGGUUUGGGGGAAGAGGCAAUGGAUAUAAAGGUCACUGUAUAUUUUGGGGCUAGUCUGGCACAAUCUUAUGUUUACAGAAAAAUGAACAUUUUCUUUUUUUAAUAAAAUGAUAAAAUUGCAAAAGAUUGUGAGUGUGCAGUUUCUGCAUAGGAUUGCACGUAUUCACUCUAAUGAUGGCAUUGGAUCUCUAUACGAAUACACAGGGGCGAAACCAUAGCUAUCAUUAAAGAAAGCACGGGUGCACGGGAUUGUAUGUAUUCACUCUAAUGAUGGCAUUGGAUCUCUAUACGAAUACACAGCGGCGAAACCAUAGCUAUCAUUAAAGGAAAGUAGGAUAACAUGAAGCACGGGUGCACGGGAUUGUAUGUAUUCAUUUUAUUGAUCAGAUAUUAGCCCUAUAUGUUUGCAUACGUGUGACUUGUAUGUUAGGGGACCCUGGGACUCCCUCCAGCUUGUUGGACCCCCCAGUCAUCUAUAGAAUUCCCUAUCAAGUCACAUGUACAGCUGCCUUGUACCAAGUGAUUGGGCGCUAAUGGCAUUAUUGACGCAUUGGCAGACUAGAAGUCACCAACUUCAACUUUUAAUGUACAACUUUAACAUAAUGCACAAAAUACUGCGUGUAUUGGAGGAUGCCAACUGGCAACUGUUGCUAUUACACUGGAAUUAGGGGGAAAUUCUGCAUAAUGAGUAAAAAAAAUGUGAAUUCGCCCAAAAAUAACAAUUUGUACAUCGCAUUGCGAUUGUGUUAAUAAUGUAACGUUUAGUAAAGUGAAGUUUAAAAAAAUAUGACUUGAUUAUAAAAAAAAAAUUACAACCA